AUGAUUACAAGAUUUCUUAAUGAAUUUAAGAGUGAAUUUGAUCGUAAUAAUUUUUCCUUUUGGCAGUGUAGUUAUGAUGAAGAAUUACCAACGUAUGGAGUUCUUUAUAAAAGAGAAGUAAAUGGAAUUCCUGAGGAAUUAUGUCCGAGAUGUAAAAAAACGAACGAAAUAGAAGUUAGUGAUUUGAUUAAAGAGUCCAUUUACGAGUAUGAAACAAAGAUGAUAGACGAAAAGAAAUCAGAAGAGGCGGCAAUUGUAAGAGAUAUAAAUUUUGACUUUAUUAGAACUCCAUGUUUCGGCUUGGGAACCUUAAACGAAACGGUUCGUUUUCAACUUGGUAACUUCGGAACGGUACGGCUCGGAGCUUCGAAACAAAAUGUUGAAGCAUUUCUUUCAGUUUGGGAAAUUCGAAUGACGACUUUUGAAACGGUUCAAGCGGGAAACUUCAAACAGUAA